CUGCGUCGUGAACGAGCACGUAGAAACGACGUUGCCGAGGCUUCAAGAUGGCGGAAGCCUUGACAAGUCAGGAGGAACUGGCGGUAGAGGAGUUUCUGAGUGAGGUGCGUAGCAGGGAGCAUCCCCACAGUGCAGCCCUGGUCUCUCAGCCAACCGCCGUCAAGUUCCUCAUGGCACGCAAGUUUGAUGUCUCCAGAGCAAUAAACCUCUUCCAGGCAUACAAGAACACGAGGAUUAAGGAAGGAAUCUUCAACAUCAACCCAGAGGAGGAACCUCUUCGCUCUGAACUGCUCAGCGGAAAGUUCACUGUCCUGCCUGGUCGUGAUGCUAAGGGUGCUGCUCUGGCUCUGUUCACCGCUCGUCUCCACCGCUCUGACGUCACUACCCAUAGGGCUGUGCUGCAGGCCAUCAUCUUUCAGCUGGACAAAGCCAUCGAGAGUGUUGACACCCAGAGAGAUGGUUUAAUAUUCAUCUAUGACAUGACCAACUCCAGCUAUGGGAACUUUGACUAUGAGCUCUGUGUCAAGAUCCUCGACCUCCUCAAGGGUGCGUUCCCAGCGCGUCUGAAGUGUGUGUUCAUCGUGUCGUCUCCUCUCUGGUUCAGAGCUCCCUUCGCCGUCCUCAGACUCUUCGUACGUGAGAAGCUAAGAGAGAGGGUGUGUACAGUGAAGGCCCACGAGCUGUCCAAUUACAUCCCAGUCUCUUCUCUACCUGAGCACCUGUACGGAACCUCCCAGUACAGCCACGUUGCCUGGAUACAGUCCUGCGUCAACACGGACACCGCCCCAGGCGACGCGCACACACACCCGCACGACACACACGACUGCGUGGGUAGCCUGUUGCUCUCCUACAGCCUGGAGCCUCACAACGCUAACGCCGCCGCUACGUUAGCCGCUACGCAAACCUCCAUAGGCUCUCACUCAGAUUCGCCGUUGCCGUUAGCCUCAGAGCUAGCGUUAGCGGCUACGGCUAACUCCAACUGCUGCGACGAUAGUAAUGCUAACCCGCACGUGCGCUGCGGUACGGUGAACGGCAGGACUCGAGGUCAGGGCAGCCCCCGGAGCUCUGGACCACAUAGGAACCACCAGCACUGGAACGGCUCUGCUGGUAGCUGCGGGGUCGGGCCUGGGUUGGGGGUCAAUAACGUUGUCGGGACGGCGGUGGCGUCCGGGGUUGUUAGCGGCGUGAAUGGUCGCCAGCCACCGCCCCAGUCGGACACGCCCCCGGACACACCCCUCCACCACAAAGUAGUAGGACUUCCGAUGAGUGACGGGUCAGAAACCGUCGACGACGGAACAACGAACGAGGAAGAGGAUGAGGUAGAAGGGGUUCCUCCUCUCCCUCAGAAGUCUCUCCCACGCCACCCUCACCUCCCGCUGUCCCAGUGCCCCUCACUCUCGUCGUCGUGCGGCGCGUCACAGCCGGACGAGGACCCCGGCGAGGACCCUUGUCCCCAGGAAGCGGUGUCCGUACACAUGCCUGACGGGGUAGGGAUGAACGUGUUGGAGCUGGUGGAGCACGUCAAGAAGAGGAAGAAGAAGGGAAUCUACCAGGAGUACGAAGAGAUACGCAAGGAGACUCCUACUGGUAGCUUUGACUACAGCAAGAAGCUGUCCAAUCAGAUCAAGAACAGGUACAGUGAUGUCCUCUGUCUGGACCAAUCACGUGUCAGACUCUGCCAGCUCUGUGAUGAUGAGGACGAGACGUCAGACUACAUCAAUGCUAGUCUAAUGGACGGCUACAAGAGGAGCAACGCUUACAUCGCUACUCAGGGUCCUCUGCCGAAGACGUUUGGUGAUUUCUGGCGAAUGGUGUGGGAGCAGAUGGUGCUGAUAGUUGUCAUGACUACCAGGGUGGUGGAGCGCGGCAGAGUGAAGUGUGGUCAGUACUGGCCAAAAGAGGAGGGGACAACGGAGCAGCAUGGACUCUUCCUGGUUAGGAACACAUCCAUUCAGCUAUACCAGGACUUCAGACUGUCUCAGCUGGAACUGUUCAACAGCCAGACAGGUGAGAUGAGGGAGGUGUCUCACUACCUGUAUGUCAGCUGGCCAGACUUCGGUGUGCCCAAGUGUGCGUUGGCCAUGUUGGAUUUCCGUGAGCACGUGCAGCAGCGGCAGGAGACGGCGCUGAGGAGUCUGGGAGCUGAGUGGGUGGGACCUCCAGGUGGGCCACCGCUGGUCGUACACUGCAGCGCAGGCAUCGGACGCACAGGUACGUUCUGUACCCUGGACAUCUGUCUGUCCAGGCUGGAGGACAUCGGGACGGUGGAUGUGUGUGAGACAGUGAGGAGGAUGAGGACCCAGAGAGCCUUCAGUAUACAGACCUGGGAUCAGUAUUACUUCUGCUACACGGCUGUCAUCGAGUACGCACAGCGACGCGGCAAACUGACCCCGGUACAGUGGUCCGAUUCAGACCUAGAGACAGACAGCGAGUGACGGACGGAGGGAGGGGAGGGAGGAAUGGGAGGGAGGAGGAGGACGGAUGGAAACAGGAUGUGUCCCAGAAAGAGGAAGAACGCGUGAAAGCUAAACGACUCUUGAGUUACUCUCCCAAAUCAUGAGGAGGAGAAGAUGAGAUGUAUCAACGAUUGAUUGGUUGAUUGAUUGAUUGAUAGAGCAGUGUCCUGCCAUUUAGUAUUUAGUGGGGCGGCUCUGAGCUAAGAGGAGCUCUCCUCUCCUGGCCUGUUUCUCCCAUAGAGCUAAGAGGAGCUCUCCUGUCCUGUUUCUCCCAUAGAGCUACGAGGAGCUCUCCUGUCCUGUUUCUCCCAUAGAGCUACGAGGAGCUCUCCUGUCCUGUUUCUCCCAUAGAGCUAAGAGGAGCUCUCCUCUCCUGUCCUGUUUCUCCCAUAGAGCUAAGAGGAGCUCUCCUCUCCUGUCCUGUUUCUCCCAUAGAGCUAAGAGGAGCUCUCCUCUCCUGUCCUGUUUCUCCCAUAGAGCUAAGAGGAGCUCUCCUCUCCUGUCCUGUUUCUCCCAUAGAGCUACGAGGAGCUCUCCUGCCCUGUUUCUCCCAUAGAGCUAAGAGGAGCUCUCCUCUCUUGUCCUGUUUCUCCCAUAGAGCUAAGAGGAGCUCUCCUGUCCUGUUUCUCCCAUAGAGCUAAGAGGAGCUCUCCUGUCCUGUUUCUCCCAUAGAGCUAAGAGGAGCUCUCCUGUCCUGUUUCUCCCAUAGAGCUGAGGAGCUCUCCUGUCCUGGCCUGUUUCUCCCAUAGAGCUAAGAGGAGCUCUCCUCUCCUGUCCUGUUUCUCCCAUAGAGCUAAGAGGAGCUCUCCUGUCCUGUUUCUCCCAUAGAGCUAGCUAGAGGGCUCUGCUUUGCCCCUGUGCAGCAACGUCUGGUGUGACAGCAUGUGCUGCACCAUAAGAGGUCUGUCUAAGUCUACGGUUGCUCUCCCUGAACCGAGUAGGACAUUCUAGUGACAUGGCACACGACGAUGAAUGACGACCCACUGGACUGUUUCAGAAAAAAAACGAAAAAAACUUUGACCUUUCUUCUUCUUCUUCUGUCUUAUUGGCCUUAGUUCUACGGUGCGUCGGUGUAUUUCCUUGUUCCUUGUCUCGACUUCCUGUAAAGUACAGGAAGUGAACCCUCCGCAAGCCAAAGUCGCCGGACGCCCCCUGAAGGACCGUUCUGAUUUAAGACCCGAUGACUAUAAACACCCUGUAUAUUCCUGUAACAUACCUUUAUAUCUUGUGUUUAUAAUAAUAAUAAUAAUAAUAAUAAUAAUAAUAAUAAUAAUAAUGUCUAAUGGAGGAAGAUAAAGGACGACAACAAGCCUUUGUUUAAUAUAAUUAUCUCUAUCCUUGGGGACAACAAGCCUUGUUUUAAUAUAAUUCUCUCUAACCUUGGGGACAAGCCUUGUUUUAAUAUAAUUCUCUCUAACCUUGGGGACAAGCCUUGUUUUAAUAUAAUUCUCUCUAACCUUGGGGACAAGCCUUGUUUUAAUAUAAUUAUCUUUAACCUUGGGGACAACAAGCCUUGUUUUAAUAUAAUUAUCUUUAACCUUGGGGUCAAUAACAAGCCUUGUUUUAAUAUAAUUCUCUCUAUCCUUGGGGACAACAAGCCUUGUUUUAAUAUAAUUCUCUCUAACCCUGGGGUCAAUAACAAGCCUUGUUUUAAUAUAAUUCUCUUUAACCUUGGGGACAAGCCUUGUUUUAAUAUAAUUCUCUCUAACCUUGGGGACAUUAACAAGCCUUGUUUUAAUAUAAUUAUCUCUAUCCUUGGGGACAACAAGCCUUGUUUUAAUAUAAUUCUCUCUAACCUUGGGGUCAAUAACAAGCCUUGUUUUAAUAUAAUUAUCUUUAACCUUGGGGUCAAUAACAAGCCUUGUUUUAAUAUAAUUAUCUUUAACCUUGGGGACAAGCCUUGUUUUAAUAUAAUUAUCUUUAACCUUGGGGUCAAUAACAAGCCUUGUUUUAAUAUAAUUAUCUUUAACCUUGGGGACAAGACUUGUUUUAAUAUAAUUCUCUCUAACCUUGGGGAUAACAAGCCUUGUUUUAAUAUAAUUAUCUUUAACCUUGGGGACAAGCCUUGUUUUAAUAUAAUUCUCUCUAUCCUUGGGGACAAUAAGCCUUGUUUUAAUAUAAUUCUCUCUAGCCUUGGGGACAACAAGCCUUGUUUUAAUAUAAUUCUCUCUAGCCUUGGGGACAACAAGCCUUGUUUUAAUAUAAUUCUCUCUAGCCUUGGGGACAACAAGCCUUGUUUUAAUAUAAUUCUCUCUAACCCUGGGGUCAACAAGCCUUGUUUUAAUAUAAUUCUCUCUAACCUUGGGGACAAGCCUUGUUUUAAUAUAAUUAUCUUUAACCUUGGGGACAACAAGCCUUGUUUUAAUAUAAUUAUCUUUAACCUUGGGGUCAAUAACAAGCCUUGUUUUAAUAUAAUUCUCUCUAACCUUGGGGACAAGCCUUGUUUUAAUAUAAUUAUCUUUAACUUGGGGACAACAAGCCUUGUUUUAAUAUAAUUAUCUUUAACCUUGGGGUCAAUAACAAGCCUUGUUUUAAUAUAAUUCUCUCUAACCUUGGGGACAAGCCUUGUUUUAAUAUAAUUAUCUUUAACCUUGGGGACAACAAGCCUUGUUUUAAUAUAAUUCUCUUUAACCUUGGGGUCAAUAACAAGCCUUGUUUUAAUAUAAUUCUCUUUAACCUUGGGGUCAACAACAAGCCUUGUUUUAAUAUAAUUCUCUCUGACCUUGGGGACAAGCCUUGUUUUAAUAUAAUUCUCUCUAACCUUGGGGACAUUAACAAGCCUUGUUUUAAUAUAAUUAUCUCUAUCCUUGGGGACAACAAGCCUUGUUUUAAUAUAAUUCUCUCUAACCUUGGGGACAGAUAUCUAUAUUAGUGGGCUGGAAUAUGACAACAGAAGAUUACCGAUUGGUCAUGUUGAUAUUGAAUACUCUGUUUGUAUUGGUCAGGUUUUAUGUCUUUUAACAGUUUGGGCAUCCUGGUUUUAGAUGAUCACAUGUCAGUUGGCCUUAACACUUCCUGUUUCACUGCCUCGAACCCUCCCUCUACUGUCUCUCUUCUUCCUGUUUCACUGCCUCGGACCCUCCCUCUACUGUCUCUCUCUCUUCCUGUUUCACUGCCUCGAACCCUCCCUCUACUGUCUCUCUCUCUCUUCCUGUUUCACUGCCUCGAACCCUCCCUCUACUGUCUCUCUCUCUCUUCCUGUUUCACUGCCUCGAACCCUCCCUCUGCUGUCUCUCUCUCUCUUCCUGUUUCACUGCCUCGAACCCUCCCUCUACUGUCUCUCUCUCUCUUCCUGUUUCACUGCCUCGAACCCUCCCUCUACUGUCUCUCUCUCUUCCUGUUUCACUGCCUCGUACCCUCCCUCUACUGUCUCUCUCUCUUCCUGUUUCACUGCCUUGAACCCUCCCUCUACUGUCUCUCUCUCUCUUCCUGUUUCACUGCCUCGAACCCUCCCUCUACUGUCUCUCUCUCUUCUUGUUUCACUGCCUCGAACCCUCCCUCUACUGUCUCUCUCUCUCUUCCUGUUUCACUGCCUCGAACCCUCCCUCUACUGUCUCUCUCUCUCUUCCUGUUUCACUGCCUCGAAUCCUCCCUCUACUGUCUCUCUCUCUCUUCCUGUUUCACUGCCUCGAACCCUCCCUCUACUGUCUCUCUCUCUCUUCCUGUUUCACUGCCUCGAACCCUCCCUCUACUGUCUCUCUCUCUUCCUGUUUCACUGCCUCGAACCCUCCCUCUACUGUCUCUCUCUCUUCUUCCUGUUUCACUGCAUCGAACCCUCCCUCUACUGUCUCUCUCUCACUUCCUGUUUCACUGCCUCAAACCCUCCCUCUACUGUCUCUCUCUCUCUUCCUGUUUCACUGCCUCAAACCCUCCCUCUACUGUCUCUCUCUCUCUUCCUGUUUCACUGCCUCAAACCCUCCCUCUACUGUCUCUCUCUCUCUUCCUGUUUCACUGCCUCGAACCCUCCCUCCACUCUCUCUCUCUCUUCCUGUUUCACUGCCUCGAACCCUCCCUCCACUCUCUCUCUCUCUUCCUGUUUCACUGCCUCUAACCCUCCCUCUACUCUCUCUCUCUUCCUGUUUCACUGCCUCGAACCCUCCCUCUACUGUCUCUCUCUCUCUUCCUGUUUCACUGCCUCGAACCCUCCCUCUACUGUCUCUCUCUCUCUUCCUGUUUCACUGCCUCGAACCCUCCCUCUACUGUCUCUCUCUCUUCCUGUUUCACUGCCUCGAACCCUCCCUCUACUCUCUCUCUCUCUUCCUGUUUCACUGCCUCGAACCCUCCCUCUACUCUCUCUCUCUCUCUCUCUUCUUCCUGUUUCACUGCCUCGAACCCUCCCUAUACUGUCUCUCUCUCUUCUUCCUGUUCCCCGGGCUGUGUUCCAAAAUGGCACCCUAAUUCCCUAUUUAGUGUUGGAAAAGGUCACUCGUGCACUAAAUAUUUAGUGGUCAAAAGGGCUCUGGGUCAAAAGGUAGUGCACUGUAAGGGAAUAGGGUGCUGUUGAGGACACUUCCCUUCGUCUGAAGGUCUCAUGCUUCCUCAGAUAUGUGCCUUCCAGCUUUCCGUAGCGUGGUUAUUUUGUUGUUCGGGCCCCCCCAAAAAACAGCUACAUUUUACCCAGAACCCACCUGCGUACGUACUUCCUUAAUAUACAUAAUGUCUACGUCCAAAAUGCCAUCCUAUUCCCUAUGAAGUAUGACCUAUGACCCCGUAGGGCUCUGGUCUAAAGUAGUUCACUAUAUAGGGAAUAGGGCUCUGGUCACUAGUAGUUCACUAUAUAGGGAAUAGGGCCCUGGUCACUAGUAGUUCACUAUAUAGGGAAUAGGGCUCUGGUCACUAGUAGUUCACUAUAUAGGGAAUAGGGCUCUGGUCACUAAUAGUUCACUAUAUAGUGAAUAGGGCUCUAGUCACUAAUAGUUCACUAUAUAUAGGGAAUAGGGCUCUGGUCACUAGUAGUUCACUAAAUAGGGAAUAGGGCUCUGGUCACUAGUAGUUCACUAUAUAGGGAAUAGGGCUCUGGUCACUAGUAGUUCACUAUAUAGGGAAUAGGGCUCUGGUCACUAGUAGUUCACUAUAUAGGGAAUAGGGCUCUGGUCACUAGUAGUUCACUAUAUAGGGAAUAGGGCUCUGGUCACUAGUAGUUCACUAUAUAGGGAAUAGGGCCCUGGUCACUAGUAGUUCACUAUAUAGGGAAUAGGGCUCUGGUUACUAGUAGUUCACUAUAUAGGGAAUAGGGCUCUGGUCACUAGUAGUUCACUAUAUAGGGAAUAGGGCUCUGGUCACUAGUAGUUCACUAUAUAUGGAAUAGGGCUCUGGUCUAAAGUAGUUCACUAUAUAGGGAAUAGGGCCCUGGUCACUAGUAGUUCACUAUAUAGGGAAUAGGGCUCUGGUCACUAGUAGUUCACUAUAUAGGGAAUAGGGCUCUGGUCCGUUUCUGACGUAGCCAUUGGCUGCGUCUCCGAUGAUGCCGUUUUCCCCUUGUAGUGUACUAUAAAAGAAUGUACUGUAAACUAGUGUACUAUAAAAGAAUGUACUAUAAACUAGUGUACUAUAAACUAGUGUACUAUAAACUAGUGCACUACAGAGGGUGUGAGGUUUUGAGACCGACAACAAUAAUAUCAUUGGAGUUCAGGUGUUUAAUUAAUGCUGGUGUUUUCGCCUCGUGUCAAAGAUCCCGUUUUCAGGUUUCGCCUCUUUUGUGAUUAUCAUUUUAAAUAAGUAUAUAAGUAUAUCCAUUUUUAUUUUGUAUUUUAUACAGUUUAUACUGUAUUGUGUUCUAUCAUAUAUUUAUGUCUUUGUAAAAAAAAAAAAAUGAAAAAAAACGGACAAACUUAGACAGUAUUGAAAAUCGAUGAAUGUUGGUACGAAUGAUGCUUGUAAACAAAAUAAAUAUUUAACAAACUGAUCUUUGUGUUCAUCUGGUAAACUAGAAGAUGAAGAAACCUGGUUAAAUAAAGGUGAAAUAAAAACAAUUUCCUCAUUA